UGCUGCCGCCGGGCAAGUCUCCGCCGACGGCCGCGAAGCUGGGCCAGGCGUGGCAGGUGCUGCAGGAGUGGAGCGACCGGCGUGGCGAGGGCGACAGCCGCCGUCAGUACCGCGACAUCUACAGGCGUCUGGCGCAGAACACCCGCCACGUGGCGCCUUUCGUGAAGCUCGCCUAUCCGGACCUGGUGGGCGCCGUCGGUGUCGAGGACAGGGAGUCGCUGGCCGUCUGCGACCGGCUGGUCUGUAGGAAGAAGGUGCAGGGACUGGUUGAUGACGCGAUGGGACAGCGGAAGGCGGACAGCAAGGUGGUCUACGACUACGACUUCCUGGUCCAGACAUUUCCCAAGGCUGUCGGUGACGUCAGGUUACUGGAUAAUUUGGACGAGAAGAGGGUGGCUACGACUUUGAUCGAGACAAACGAGAACUCCAGUCUCCGAUUUGAGUCCCGCUUCGAGUCUGGAAACCUGCGGAGAGGCAUUCGGACGGCCGCCCGCGAGUAUGACCUGGUGAUCUGCCCGGACGUGGGCUCCAGCCGGCAUCAGCAGUGGUUCUACUUCGAGGUGUCCAACAUGCUCGCUGGCGAGCCGUACACGUUCAACCUGAUCAACAACGAGAAGCUGAGCUGUGAGUACCAGGCAGGAAUGCGGCCGGUGCUGUUCUCGGUGAAGGAGGCGGUCCGGGGCCGGCCUCACUGGGUGCGCGUCGGCACCGACGUCUUCUACUACCGCAACGCCUACCGCCGGCCGGCCCGGCACCCCAGCAAGCGGCAGCAGGGCAAGCAGCGCGUCUACUGCACGGCCUCCUUCACGGUGACGUUCCCGCACACCGGCGACGUGUGCUACCUGGCCUUCCACUACCCGUACACCUACACCAGGCUGCAGACCAUGCUGGAGCUGCUGGAGGGCGCGGUGGAGCCGGAGGUCUGGUGGCGAAACGAGCCGCUGGCCGCCGACCUGGACGGCAACCCGGCGCCGCUGGUCACCGUCACCGGCCAGACGCUGCAGCACAAGAAGGAGGUGGUGUUCCUGACGGCGCGGAUCCACCCGGGGGAGAGCGGCGCCUCCUGGGCCAUGGAGGGCACGCUGCGCUUCCUGCUCAGCGCCGCCCCGGAGGCCGAGGCGCUCCGCGACCGCUUCAUCUUCAAGCUGGUGCCCAUGCUGAACGUCGCCGGCGUCGUCAACGGCUGUCACCGGUGCGGCCUGACGGACGAGGACCUGAACCGGCGCUGGAAAACGCCCGACCCGCUGCUGCACCCCGUCAUCUACCGCGCCAAGACCCUGAUGGAGUACUCGACGUUCGUGCUGAAGCGCGUGCCGUACCUCUUCUGCGACUACCACGGUCACUCGUGUCGCAAGAACAUCUUCCUGUACGGCUGCAGCAACCGGCGCUCCUGGCUGCCGGCCGACAGGCAGAGGCCCGACAACGACGCGCUGGUCAGCUGCCUGCCGCAGGCGCUGUACCGGGUGGCGCCCGCCUUCAGUCUACGGUGCUGCCAUCUGACGGUGGAGCGGUCGCGCGAGACCACGGCUCGCGUGGUGGUCUGGCGCGAGCUGGGCGUGCAGCGCAGCUACACCAUGGAGAGCAGCUACUGCGGCUGCGACCAGGGGCCGUACCAGGGGUGCCACCUGUCGACGCAGCAGCUGCAGGAGACGGGCGCUCGGCUGGCGGUGGCGCUGCACCUGGUGUCGGUGCCGGGCGACCUGGCCGCCCUGGAGCGGGCCAGGAGCACCUACUGGUGGAGGCCGCAGGAGGAUUUCGAAAGGGAAUUUGCCAUGAGUUCUGCCACCAACUCCGACGUCACCGAGUCGGAUGACGACACCGACGACGUCACCUCGAGCACGGUGACGUCACUGACCUGAUCCGCCCCUGGGCCGGGGCCCGCCCAGU